GGCCGCCGCGGUGCGAUGUGGUUCGAGAUCCUGCCCAGGACUGGUGUCAUGGCCGUGUGCUUGGUCAUCCCCAGCAUAGCCACGGCGCACAUCCACAGGUUCACCAAUGGGGGCAAGAAAAAAAGGGUUGCCUAUUAUCCAUAUCAGUGGAGUUUGAUGCAAAGAGAUAGGCGCAUCUCUGGAGUUGAUUGUUACUAUGUGUCAAAGGGUUUGGAGAAUAUCGAUUAAGGAAGCAUUUUCCUGAUGGAUGAGAAAUAACUCAGUCAUGCUCAUCUAACCCUUCUAAAGGUUAUGCAGUGUAUUAACAGAGUGCA